AUGAAAGUGAAAAAGCCCCGUGGUAUCCGACAUGACCGGGACUGUGGUCGCUGCAAAGUCCGAGGUAUCAAAUGUGACCUGAACCGGCCCCGAUGUCAAGGCUGUCUUCAGGGUGGAGAAGCAUGCAACUAUCCACAACGAGUUGUAUGGGUAGAUGAUAAAAAGAAGUCUUCACCAAAAGGAACUUCACCACGCAUACAUGAAGAAACGCCAGACAAUGGCUUUACCAAGUCGGCAUCUAUCAAUCUAUACGGCUUCAUCGACCUCCUGGACGCUUUCUGUCAACAAAUCCAAUCCAGCAGCCGCGACAUCCCAGAAGAAGGAAUCCAACUGAUUACACGCACACUAAGCUUUGCCCGCUCACGCAUCCAAGAUGCAAACAACAAAGAGUCCCUCCAAUCACAUCUGGUGGCCUUGACGAAUCUGAGCCAAGUGAUCCAAUCCGCACACCCUAUUGCGCUCUUUGGCAUUGCUACUUUCGCCAUGUUUGAAGUAUGCUGUGGAUCAUUCGGCAACUGGCAUUGCCAUCUGCAAGGCGCACGCUCCCUCUUGGAUCUCCACUGUCAACACAAAGCCGAUCUCGACGCCCUUUGCGGCGAAAUCUCCGGUUUAGCUGAUGUCCUCGCCUAUCUAGUAUGGUUUGAUGUUACAGGUGCCCUCGUCAGAGAAAGUCCAUUAAUUUUCGAGGACUGGCAUCGCGCGACCUUAUCUGCUGAUUUCUUCGACUCAGUCGGAUGUCCAGCAGAUACCUUUGAUCUUCUUGUUUAUCUUGCGAAACACCGCGACGGCCAUGGAAUCCACCCUAUAGACCUGAGUUCUCGGGCAAUGGCCCAAAUUCUACACUUCAAUCCGGGCGAUGCAUCAGACCGCAAUCUUGCUGCGACCGUGUAUAGAGGCGCCGCGGCAAUCAUGGCAUUCAGCCGCGCGGGAAUGACCACGGCUGAUCCCUCCGCAUCAACAUAUCAUUUGAACGUAGUCUCCUCCAUGGUCGACCGUGUAUGUCAGGCUAUUGCAGAUAUCCCUUCUUCGUCAAGAUUCUACGUGCACCUAGCUACACCAGCAUACCUGACAGGAAUGAGCGCCUCAACAGCACGACAGUGCGAGAUUAUCAGAGGGUUCUGGCGAAAUUGCCAGUCCUGCGAAUUCCCCCGUUAUCCGGACGCCGAGGCGCAGUGCGAGCGGAGGUGGAGGAUAUGCGAGACCUCGUACCAAGACCGUUGCGCUAAAAAGCGCGCUGACCAGCUCGCCCUCAUCCCCUCGGAAUGGCGCUUAGAUCCCGUUCCCUCCAUAGAAUCCACUCCAAAUGCCCUGGCAUAUCUGCGUCGCAUUCUCAGUGCAGAAGAGCUAGCUCUCACGGAAGAAACCGAUAUCGCGGUUCUUCUCCGCAAGCUUUCAUCCGGAGAACUCUCGUCUCUGGAGCUGACUCGAGUCUUCGCCAAGCGCGCUGCCCUAGCACACCAACUCACAACAUGCUGCACGGAGAUAUUCUUCGAGGAGGCUUUUGCCGUCGCUAAGGAACUAGAUGAUCAUCUCGCGAAGACAGGAAAAACUAUCGGCCCUCUACACGGAUUACCGGUAUCUAUCAAAGACCUAUUCUCCGUUGAAGGAGUAGACACUUCAAUCGGCUGGGUCGGCCUCACCAACAACCCAGCACCAGCAGACAAAUCCGUAGCACGCACGCUCCGCCGUCUCGGCGCAGUCCUCUAUGUGAAAACAAAUCUACCACAAUCAAUGAUGAUGUCCGACUCUUACAACCAUGUCUUCGGCCAAUGCGUUAACCCAUUCAACCGCGAGCUGAUCUCCGGUGGAAGUUCCGGCGGCGAGGGAUCGCUCGUUGCGGCCCGCGGAAGCAUCCUUGGUAUUGGUACUGACUUGGGCGGUUCAAUUCGAAUUCCCGCGGCGCUGUGUGGACUUUAUGGACUUUCGCCUAGUCCCGGUAGACAUCCUUAUGAGAGGGGGAAUCUUGCGACUAUUGAGCGGUAUAUGGAAGCUUUGCCGGACGCGAAGCCGUGGGAGGUUGAUCAGCAUGUUGCGCCUGUAGCGUGGAGGAAAGAAUUGGCGUAUUGCGGUGCGAAGAGGUUGAGGAUUGGAUUUUUGAUUGAUGAUGGUGUUGUGAAGGUUCAGCCGCCGAUUGCGAGGGCUAUGCGUGAGGUUGUUGAGGCGCUGAGAGCGGCGGGUCAUGAAGUAUUUGAGUGGGAUGCCUCCUCGCAUAAAUAUGCAUACGAUCUCUGGGCGAAGGCUAUCUUCUCCGAUGGCGGGGAGGGCUGUCGAAGACAGAUUGAAAAAACCGGCGAGCCGCUUGUUGAGGGUAUGCUCGUUGGUAAGCCCGAGGAUACUUUGACCACUAGUCAAACGCACCAACUUAAUGCGGACAAAUACAAUUAUGAAUCGGCGUAUCUUGAUAAAUGGAUAUCCUCCGAUAUCGAUGCAUUGAUCAUGCCUAAUACCCCUUGGGUGGGAUAUAAGCCGUGGACGUGGGUGAAGUCCAGUGCAUAUGUGGGUUACACUAGUAUCUGGAACUUGCUUGGUUAUGCUGCGUUGGCAACGCCUGUGACUACUGCAUCGAAGACGAAGGAUAUUCCCGAUGAAGAGUGGCUGGCCCAUGUUCCGAGGAAUGAUGGUGAUAAGUUUAAUAAGGAGCAAUAUGAUCCCAACCUAGUUGAGGGUAUGCCUGUUGGAAUACAGGUUGUUGGGGGCCGGUUUGGGGAAGAGAAGUGUGUUGCUGUGGCUAAGGCGAUUGAACAGGCUAUGCAGAGGAAGAUGACCUCGCGGGCAAGUCUUUGA